GACCAAGCUAAUUCUAAAAGCCCGUUAGUUCGUCCCCGCUUCGCGUUUCCUUGUCUGCUUACUUUUUCCUUCCAGCCUCUUUUCUUUCUCUCUCUUUCUCUCUUGCGAGGAAAGAAUCUCCGAGUCUGUCCCGCUGCCUCGUGUUCGACUCAUAUGAGAGUCAUGCGGGGGUUUAGUGGCCGGUUGAAACAUCUCUACUAAUUUCACUUACUUUCUCAUUGAUUGAUUCAUUGACCCAUUUCCCCGACACAAUCCAUUGCCGUCAUGGUCGGGGCCAAGAAUGCGCGUUCGCUCAGCGCAACAGAGCACCAAGCAAUGCAGGGCCAGUUUCGGUCGAGCUCCCCUCUCGCGGAAACGGCAAUUGCUCGGGACUUGGAGAGUUACGCCGACGACGAAAGUUCCGUGCUCGCUACCGACGACGAUGCGUCUGAGACGUCGACGAUCCGCGCGAUGAACAGCCAGCCCGGCACGAACCCUCAUUCCCUGGCCGGCUCGUACCAGCGCCCGAGCUACUUUACCACUGUCUCCCAUGCGACGGUGGUCCCUCACCGUGCAGAUCAUGAGGGACUGACGCGGAGGGAGCGCGAACAAGCCAUCGAGGACGAGCGGGACCUCCUCAGCGACAAUAAUGUCAUGAGCGCUGCUGGUCGGCGGAAAGAGCGGCGGAGCCAGGACUCCGGGAGACCGGCGGAAACGACGUCUUUACUCGGCGCUCGCCGGGCGAGCUCGCAUUCGAAUGUUGAGGACCCUGACGAGAUCGAUCGCAAGUGGGAGGAGGCGGUCAUGGCGGGGCUGAUUCACACGACAUGGAAACGGGAGGCGCAGGUCAUUGGGAAGAAUGCCGCGCCUUUGGUGGUUACGUUCCUCUUGCAGUACUCUUUGACGGUGGCUAGUAUCUUCACGCUGGGUCAUCUCGGCAAGAAAGAGCUGGGCGCGGUCAGUUUGGCCAGUAUGACGGCGAAUAUCACCGGGUAUGCGGUCUACCAGGGUCUCGCGACCAGCUUGGACACGCUGUGCGCUCAAGCUUACGGCUCCGGGCGGAAGAAGCUCGUGGGGCUGCAGAUGCAGAAAAUGGUCUUUUUCCUCUGGGUCAUCUCCGUGCCGAUUGCCGUCCUGUGGUUCUUUGCAGACAAAGUCCUAAUUCGGAUUGUGCCUGAAAGAGAGGUCGCAGAGUUGGCGGGGCUCUACUUGAAGGUGGUCGUACUGGGUGCUCCGGGAUAUGCCUGCUUUGAGAGUGGCAAGCGUUACGUGCAGGCGCAGGGGCUGUUCUCUGCGUCCUUGUAUGUCUUGCUGGUCUGCGCCCCUCUUAAUGCGUUCAUGAACUGGUUGUUCGUUUGGAAAUUUAACUGGGGGUUUGUUGGUGCUCCGAUCGCAGUGGCCAUCACGGACAAUCUCAUGCCCAUCUUCCUCUUUUUCUACGUAUAUUUUGUUGCCGGUGGCGAGUGCUGGAAUGGGUUUACUUCCAGAGCCUUGCGCAACUGGGGCCCGAUGAUCCGACUCGCUCUGCCCGGUCUGAUCAUGGUCGAAGCCGAAUGCCUUGCCUUUGAGAUCCUGACCCUGGCAUCGUCAUACCUCGGCACAACUCCUCUGGCCGCGCAAUCGAUCCUGUCCACGAUCUCCAGCAUUACCUUCCAGAUCCCAUUCCCCCUCUCGAUCUCCGGCAGCACGCGAGUCGCCAACCUGAUCGGAGCGACGCUGGUCGGCGCCGCCAAAACCUCCGCCAAGGUGACCAUGGUCGGAGCCGUGAUCGUCGGCCUGCUCAACAUGCUCCUCCUGUCCUCCCUCCGCGACUACAUCCCUCGACUCUUCACCUCCGACGACGAAGUCGUCGAGCUCGUCGCCCAAGUCCUCCCUCUCUGCGCCGCCUUCCAGCUCUUCGACGCCCUCGCCGCCAACUGCAACGGCAUCCUGCGUGGCAUCGGCCGCCAGGAAAUCGGCGGCUACGUCCAGCUCUUCUGCUACUAUGCCAUCGCCAUGCCGAUUAGUUUCGGCACCACGUUCGCCCUGGGCUGGGAUCUUUUCGGUCUCUGGUCGGGUGUUGCGAUUGCCCUGUUCUUGGUGUCCGUGAUUGAAGCGGUUUUCCUGCGCCAUACAAACUGGGAUCGGUCUGUUGAGGACGCCAUGCAGCGGAAUGCUUUGACAUAGAAAUUUUCCGGUUUGCGUAAAUAUAUAUUUGGUUGUCUAUAGCUUCAUGAACAUUUUUCUGUCCGAUUUAGUACCAGCCCCUUGUCGCUUUUUACUUAUGUAGACCUUAGCGCGC